CGAGGUCGAGGUUCUCUUAUCACCCUGCUCUCUAAAACUACAGUUAUUGAUACAAUUGGAAAUCUCAUUCAAAACUGCAUUUCAAUUGAAGUACAGGAAGCUGGAAUGUUCUCCAUUCAGCUGGACACUACACAGUACAUCACCUCUCAUGAUCAGUGUUCAAUCAUUUUAAGAUAUGUUACUGACACUGUACACGAGAGGCUUGUUGCCUUAGUGAGGUGUGAGGCAUCCACUGGGCAAUACUUUUUGAACUUGAUCACAGAUGUCUUGGACCAUCUGAAGCUAAACAAAGACAUGUGCAUAGGAAAUUCCACAGAUGGGGCGGCAAAUAUGCAAGGCCGUUAUAAAGGAUUUUCAGCACCGAUGACCUCUCAGUCACCCACUCAUGUCCAUGUCUGGUGCUAUGCACAUGUUCUGAAUCUUGUGCUGUCUGACACAACGCAAAUUGUAAUUGAAAGUGGAUCACUGUUCAGUCUACUGAAUGACAUUGCAGUCUUCAUUAAGGACUCCUAUCAAAGGGUCAGUCUGUGGGAGAACCAAUCACAAGAUAAAAGCCACAGACGCCUCUCUCCAAUUGGGGAGACAAGGUGGUGACCCAAAAAUGCUCUCAAAAAAGUGUUUGGACAUUUUGGGAAACCACAGAAUGGUUUGUUCACAGAUGCGGUCCUGACACUGGCAGCCAUAGAACGCAAAGAUCAUGAAAAAGUUACUGUACGUGCCAAAGCAUGUGGUUAUAAAGAGGGUCUCUUGAAAUAUGAGACCAUAUUAACAGCUCAGAUAUUCCUGAGAGUAUUUGAGCUAACAACACCCCUGUCUAAAUACCUCCAGACAGAAGGCAUUGAUAUCCUUUCGGCCCAUCGUAUGGUGAUUGCCACGCAAGAGGGCCUGAAAAGCCUUACCAGAGAUUUUAAAAGUGUGAAAGCAGCUGCAGACACCUUUGUGCAAUGGACAAAUGAGAAUAUUGAGAAAAGAGAGGAAGAAACUGAUGUUGAAGUUGAGAGUGCAUUGCCACAGAAAAGAGGAAAGAAAAAAAAAACAGAGUGGGAGAAAUGGCUCAAGAUGAGCCUCUAAUGGAUGCUGAGAGAGCAUUUGAAGUCAAUGUCCACAAUAGAAUUCUAGACACUGCUCUUGAGGCCAUUCAUAGAAGGUUUUUGACACAUGGCACUCUUUUCGCCGAUUUGGCAUGGUUGGACCCGAGGAGCUUUGAACAGAUUCGGACAACUACUCUUCCCAACAAUGCUUUGGUCUUGAGCAGAUGUCUGGUGAAAUUCGACAGUAGUGCAACAGUGGACAAUCUUCAAUCAGAGCUGAAAUGUUUAGCAGGACAGUGGAACAGACUGAAAGCAUCCCAUCUUGAGGAUUACAUGACCAGAACAGUGGAAGAUGGAGCUGAAGGACAAGAAGAGGAAACAGAUAUUGUGGAUAAAACCUGUGCCUCCUGUAAAAAUUGCCCACUGUGCUGCUAUCAGAUUCUCAAGCGGCUCAACAUGCUCUCAGAUGCCCAUCAUCUCCUUGGGCUUGCUUAUAAGUUCUUGCUGACCCUUUCCCUGACCCAGGUGGCCUGUGAAAGAACAUUCUCUACCCUCAAGUUAAUCAAAAGCAGACUUAGGAGCAACCUGUCAGCAAGCAAGCUGGAGGCCUUUAUGUUGAUGGCCACUGAGAAAGACAUCCUCAUGGCAUUGGACACAGACACAGUCAUAGAUACGGUGGCUGAGAAGAGUGAAUCACAGAAAGCUGCUCUUGUAAGGAUGCCUUCACUUGUUUGUUGUAGGAGGAGUUCUUCAGGGGAUGACUUGCAUCCCUUUUCCUUGAGUUCAAAGUUCAUUGAGGAGUUCAGCUACAUUCAUCCUUUUGGGGACUGGGUACACCGAAUAGGAUGAAUUCUGCUUAAAGAUCCAUUACUGUGGUG